GUCACAUUGGUUGGGCAUGGAAACCCCACCCUCCCUCCCCACCUUCUUCCUGCCCCUUGUCUGCCCUGAGAUCUGGCCUCAGCUAUUCAGGGUAAAGAGCUUGAAAGGGUUUGGGCGAAUGGAAUCCUUUCAGUUUCCAUCAAGAGGUAAAAUGCUAAAUAUUUUCCAUCUUAUCUUAAUUUUUCCCCUUGGGCUUUGAAAAUAAGCCCUUGGAAACCCAAACCUAUAACAUGCCUUCCUCUCUUCGUGGUCCCAUAUACUCUGAUUUGUGUUCUCUAGCACCAUUUCUCUGGAGUGGAUAGUGCCCUCCAGCCAGGGUCUGCCUGACCUAAAACCUCAAAGGAAGCUGAGUUUGUUGUGGAGCUUUCCGUGUGAGAACACAGAAGCUUCUUCAUUUGGCAAAAAAAAAAAAAAAAAAAAAACUGCUCUCAAGAAUGAAUUCACACUAGGGAAGAAGAGUGUUUAAGACUAGUUUUGACGAUAGCUAACACUGACUGAGCAAGGCGGUAUGCUGAAUACCCGCUUUAUCUCAUGAAUACUCACUACCGUUGUUACCAAGAGUCCCUGGUGGGGCAAACAGUUCAGUGGUCUACUGCUACCCGAAAGGUGGGCAUUUGAAUCCACCCAGAAGUGCCUUGGAAGAAAGGCCUGGCAAUCUACUUCCAGAACACCACAGACAUGGAAAACUCUAUGGAGUGCAGUUCUACUCUGCACACACAGGGUUGCCAUAAGUUGGAAUCUACUUGACAGCAAUUUUUUUUUAUAGCUGUUAUCAUCCCCAUUUUACAGAUGAGAAACAAACAACAACAAAAAAAAACAAACCAAACCCAUUGCCAUUGUGUCAAUUGCGGCUCAUAGCCUCCUCUAAGUGGAGUGUUAAGAAAUAUGCACAAAGACACCAGGUGACCUUUCUAACACUGAAGCCUAUGUCUGUUAACCCUAAUAGCUCCAAGUAGGUGUGUGUAUCUUAACAAAGUUAGCCUUUCUCCUCAAGAAAUGAGUCUAAGGUGUGAUUUCAUGCAUAACGUCCAACUGGUAGAGAAAUCUUGGGAGCAGGGGUCCUCCUCAGAACUUCCAAGGAACAGCUUGGAAGCAGCUAUUCUGUAGUUAGCUCUGCGGGAGCUGCAACAGGGCAGGAGACAGCUCCUCACAGGCAUAACCAGCUCCCAAGGCAGUUCUGUGUGGCCGGGGGGGUCAGGACAGGAGGCUGUUUGUAGGUUCCUGGAAUUUAAGCUUACGCUUCCUGUUUCUCAUUUCACUGAAGAGAGAAUGACUGGGUCCUAGCACAUGGGCUGUUUGUGUACCUGAGUAAUGGAGAGGAGGGAUUGAGGUACACCUGAAUAUUUAACCCCCAGUUAGGCCAGCCGCUGAGGAAAGCGGCUGUGGGAAGGAGCUGUCCGGGUGGGUCCUUCAUAGCACAGAGCUUUGCUUGUGUGGUUUCGCGUAAUGCACCCAGUUGGCCUUCUUGAAGGUAGUUGGGUCCGGCUUGAGAACAUGUGGCUGGCCCAAGCCUUUGGUGUGAGACAAAGUACUGUAGCCAUUCAGAACAAAGGCUUUAGGUCAGCUACACUUGGUGCAAAUGGUUAAGUGCUGGGCUACCACCCAAAAGGUUGGCAGUUCAAAUCUACCCAGAGGUGCCUUGGAAGAAAGGCCUGACAAUCUACUUUCAAAAGAUCGCAGACAUUGAAAACCUGGUGGGGUUGCCAUGAGUCGGAAUCGACUGGCAGGUGACUGGUAGACUUGGAUUCAAACACUGCCUCCACCACCUGUUAGUUGUCUGACUGCAGGCAGGUGAUACAACCUCAGCUCCUUUACCUGUAAAAUGGGGACAGUAGUAAUAGCACCAACCUCAAUGGGUUCUAUGGUAGUGUAUGUGAAAGACGUGCCUGUUGCCUAGGGAGAAGCAGUUUUUAAUAUUAUUAUUAAAGGUCUUUAUUGUCAACAUUUACUGAGAUUUUAUAGAAUGGGCUAAAGGCCAAGCCUGCCAAUUCUAGGUUAUUCAAUAAAAUCAAGCCAUGAGCUCAAAUGUUGCAAGCUGUUCCAUCAGCUGGCAUUCCUACAGCGUUUGUGUAGUUGCUGAAUCUUCUGAAUUUGAAAAGAAAAAGAAAAAAGCACCAACAUAAAAUUUUCCUAUUUGAAAAGACAUUCUGUUUCGGCACCUUCCAGGGGUGCCUCUGUGCAGGCACAGGGUGUUUGUGGGGAGGAUGGUGGGCCUGGCCUGAGGGGCGGCUGGGGGAAGGACAAAGGGGUAAAUGACAGUGACAGGUCACAAAGGGCAGCAGGGAUAAAUACAGCUGCGCAGGGGGCUUAGGCUGAGAAGGAGUUACUUUUCUUGCCAGGACCGCUGUUUGCAGCUCCUCAAAGAGAGCAAAGUCAGGUGGAAACCCUCUCUGGAGCCCACGCCGCAUCUCUACACCCUAGAAGAGAUUCUGCGUGGUGCCCAAGCCUCUUGCUGCAUCCCCACAGCAAACAUCUGGACCCUCACCCCAGCCUCUGGGCGGGGGACUGCUGAGAGACCUGCGUGGAGCCGCCUUUGGCCCAGGAGCACCGCUGACCCCUCGUCUGCCAACGCGGCCAAGGAAGACCCAGAUCUGCGUGCUGGCACUGCUGCAGGGCCAGAAGGUAGCCGCCAUGAGCAGCGAUUCUCUGUUACCAUAUUAUACGGCGCAGAGUGGCUCUGCCAUGGGGCUGUUCAACACGGCCAUGGGGAAGCUGCAGAGACAGCUGUACAAGGGGGAGUACGAUGUAUUCAAGUACGCACCCAUUUUUGAGAGCGACUUCAUCCAGAUCACCAGAAGGGGUGAGGUGAUUGACGUGCACAACCGUGUCCGCAUGGUGACAGUGGGCGUCGCCUGCACCAGCCCCGUCCUUGCCCUGCCCGAUGUGAUGCUGCUGGCCCGGCCAGCUACCGGCUGCGAUGAGGAUGGCGGCCAGGCCCCCAGGGGACGAGGCCGCAAGGCCACCAAGACCUUAGAGCUGACCCGGCUCCUGCCCUUGAAGUUUGUCAAGAUCUCCGUGCACGACCGUGAGAAGCAGCAGCUGCGCCUCAAGUUUGCCACGGGCCGCUCUUGCUACCUGCAGCUCUGUCCCCCUCUGGAUGCUCGGGAAGACCUCUUUGCCUACUGGGAGAAGCUCAUUUAUCUGCUGCGACCCCCAGUGGACAGUAACAGCAGCACCCAUGCCAUUCCAGCUGGUGACAUGAUUUGCAUGCCUGUGUGGGAGAAGCGGGAGGACAGGCCAAGCCCAGCAGCCGUGGAUGUCCAUGGGAAGGGGGAUCAGGACCAGGUGAGUGUCAGGAGCCUCCACGUGUUCUCCGAGGUGUCUGGGGUCACCUCUGCUGCUUUUGCUGGUGGAGAGGGAAUCCAAAAUGCCUCCCACAAACCUACCCCAAACACGAGAACAAGCCCCACAGCAGGCGCUGUGAGCAUGGCAGCAGCUGGGUCCUCAGGCCCGCAGCAGACAAACAUGGCAAUGGCAGAAGCAGCCGCCAAGGAUCCCAGAGGAAGCAAAACCAGCCUUGCCAUUGCAGGUGCUGCCAACACAUCCUCGAAGAGUAUCAAGGUGGCUGUGGCAGGGGCUGCAAGCAGAUUCUCGGAGCCCACUGGCACACUGGAGGACUCCGUCAGCCUCUCCCCAGAGGCCAGCAAGAAUGUGGAAAUUGCAGGAGCAGAAUCUACAGUUGAGACCGUUGCAGAAACAGCUGGCGAGCCAGCCAGGGGACCUCCUGUCUCACCCUUGCCUAGUGAAGGUGCCAUGAGUGAACAGCACAGAAGCCAGCGAGGCCACCAGCCCAACAUUGCAACCCGGAGGGAGCAAAGGGCAAGGAGGGAGCGAAGGGAAAAGGACACAGCAGUCAGUAGGAGGGGCUCUCGACACAGCAGGACAGGCAAGAGUCGCCACAAGACGGAAGGCGACAAGAUGAGCCGAAAAUCUUCCAGCCGGUCCGUAGCCAGCCGCAGAGCCACUAGACGUGACAAAAAGGACAAAAGCCGCGGCAGCCCCAGGGGCAGCAGACACUCCUCGGCUCACAAAGGCGUCAGCCGCACGCCCAUCUCAAAGGAGUCCAGGACGUCCCACAAGUUGGGGCGAAGCCUGUCUACCACAAGUUCAGGUUCAACGACCAAGAGACUCAGCAGGAUCAGCUCCUUCCUGAGGAAUGUCAGAGCCAGCCUGACCACGAGAACAGGUGCCUCACUGCGGGACAGAGGGGUGGACAUUGUGUCUAAGACGGUGGAGAAGAGCAACUUGGAGGCCAUCAUGGAGACAGCAGAGGGUAACCUAGGGCUCGAGAUCACAGGUACCAUGACAUCUGCCACCAUGGAGGCAGUGACCUUUGAAACCCACUAAAUAGGAACCAGAGUGCGGGAAGUAUCCCUGGAGAGCCUAUGGCAGCUUUCCUGACUGCAGUUUAAAUAUUAAAAUAAUCUACAAUUAAUAAAUACAAUUUCCAGAUGGCAUGCUGUAUUUGAAUUUCUAUGUCCUGUAGCCCAGUAGUGACAUCACAGUGGCUUCUAUGAUGUCAGCCUCACCUCACACCCAUUCACCCCAUGCUCGUUAGAGCUGCAUGAGUGCUCCAUCCUGCCACAGUCCCUUUCUGGCUUUGGUCCCUGAGGUUAUGGCUGGGAGUCACAGACUGUGGGCUGGGAAUCUCCACCACCUUCUGCUCCUUUUUAUAAACUCUUCUUUCUCCUGAAGGUCCAUAGGCAACAAGGUCCAUUAUGAACAAGAACAGAACUCAUUUCCCCUCUGGGCAUUCUUGGGAGGAAGGAGGGGUGCAGCAGCAUUUGGUGACAAUCAGAACAGGGCUGACUAGGUGGCUUAUAAGGACAGAGGCUCUGUCCCUGGUGGGUAACAGUUUGACUGCUAACCAAAAGGUCAGCAGUUCCAAUUCACCAGUAGCUCCUUGGAAACCCUAUGGGGCAGUUCUAUAACUUUGCCGUUGAGUCGAUUCCCACUCAACGGCAAUGGGUUUGGUUUUUGUAGAAGACAGAAAUUGAUUCAUAGUUUGAGAGACUAGAAGUCCAAAUCAAUGUGUGAAGUUUUGAGGGACAAAUGCUUGCCCCACUAUUUCUUGGCCGUUUGAUGCGCCUUCAGAUGGUAUCAUGGACUGAACUAUGACCCCCCAGAAUGACCCCCAAAAAAUGUAUGUAUCAACUUGGUUAGGCCAUGUGUGGUGGUCCUCCAUUUUUUGAUUGUAAUUUUAUGUGGAGAGGACUAGGGUGGGAUUGUAACACCCCCCUUACUUAGGUCACCUCCCUGAUCCAAGGUAAAGAGAGUUUCCCUGGGGUGUGGGCUGCACCACCUUUCAUCUCUCAAGAGAUAAAAGCAAAGGGAAGCAAGUAGAGCUGGGGACCCCA